AUGGACCUGAGGUGUGCCUGGAUGCUCUGCGUGCUCUGCCUCGUCCUCACGGUCCAAGCCAUUACCCAGGAAGGGCUCAAGGAGGUGGUCCUGAAGCAGCUGGGGCUGUCCGAGGUCCCUAAACUUCACAAGAGAGACUUGGAGGAUCUGAUUAUCCCAGACCACGUCAAGAACAAGUACAUGUCCAUGCUGAAGCGCCAGAGGGUGAAGCGCCGGGCUCUGCCGAGCCUGGCUGGCAUCCUCAGGGGGAUCCCGGGACACACAGAAGUCCUCUAUUCUGACACAACCACACGUCAGAAGCUGAUGUUUGACAUGGAGGGCAGAAUACCUAAAAACAGUGAAGUCACAAUGGCUGAACUGAAACUCUUCAAAAAGCCUCUGGACAGAGCAAACCUGCCUGCCAAGCAGCCUCACAGGCCCGUCUCCAACGCCAGAGUCAGCGUGUACUGGGUGCAGCAGCAGCACGAUGGUACCAACAAGACCUCCCUGAUAGAUUCCAGGCUGGUUCCUAUUCGUGAGUCGGGCUGGAAGAGCUUUGAUGUGACCCAGGCCGUGCAUUACUGGCUGCGAAACAAGAGGCAGGAGCCGAUGUUCCUGGAGGUGUGGAUCGAAGGGGAAAGGGUGGGCAGCUAUGCCUCGGAAAUGGCCAAAGCCGUGCGCUUCACCUCGCAGGACCCCAAGGAUAAAGGCCUAGGCAAGCCUGAGCUGGUGCUUUACACCCUCAAUUCGGAUGACUAUGGGAGCCCUGGGGAGUGCAGGGAGGAGGCGGUGACAGGGAAAUCCACCUGCUGCCGGCAGAAACACUACAUCAGCUUCCGCGAUCUGCCGUGGGCGCAGCACUGGAUCCUGGAGCCGGCGGGGUUCCAGGCGUACCGCUGCUCCGGGAGCUGCCUGCAGCCUCCCCGCGCCCACCGCCGCCUGGGAUCCGGGCAGCGCUCCUGCGCCGUGGCAGGGAGCUCCGCGCUGCCCAUCAUCUACCUCGUCAGGAGGGGCAACCACACCAAGAUUGAGGCGGCCGAGUUCCCCAACAUGAUCGUGGAGAGGUGCAGCUGCGUCACGGACGGCGCGGCGCUGGUGUGA